UUGCAGAACAAGUACAUACUCGACAUUUGAAUGGUAUAUACGUAGUUUUCAAUGCGCUUAUCAAUCCCAACUGAUGUACAUAUAUAAAAGUUUCCUUCAAUGGCAUUAACUUUCUAUAACAUUAGGUAUUUAUUGACUUUUUUGUACAACGACUGAAAAGGGAAAGGUCUGGCAUUGUGCUUGAAGAGGACAAUAAAUCAAUAUCGCGUUAAGGAAUUGCAUGAUCAAUAACCCAACACAUGUUGUUUCAUGCUGGAUCUGGUAUCCAGUUCAACUUGGACAUUUAACUUGUAUGCAUAAUGUAAUGGAACAACAGCAUCACGUCCAAUCAUUUAUAUAAGCUUGUGUAUUGUAAUAUCGAGUCAAUUCAAUUACAGCUCAAGGUCGCCGUCACUACUUCACCUAGAACAAGUUCUCACUUAAAACAAUCAAAAGAACUCAACAUUGACAUUAGAUCUCCAACUACUUGUCAACCACGGUCUGGAUUUUGUUUCUCUUAGAUAUUCUGAAAAUGUGAGCAUUUACGAUUUCAAACUUUGCAGCAUUAUCAGGCGUUCAAAUUAAUAGCAUUCAUCAUGGGCACUCGUCACGAAUGGAGAGACUGCAAGGCUUGGGCCGACCAAGGGCUCCCGCUCGGAACCGUUUCCAACGAGGCUGCCAAGCUGUAUGACGCAUGUAUUACGCAGCUGGUGGGAUGGUUUGAUGACCCCAUCGUGGGCGGAAUUGUCACGUCCAUGGAAAAAAUGGUCAGCGCAGACCCCGAGUUUGUUUUGGGACGAGUCUUCAAUUUCGGUCUGAGGCUGAUGGGGACCUUGGAGUCAAUUUCCUCAAGCCAAUCCAUGCGAACCGAGUACGAGGCCUUGGAGGCGCUGAUGGACUCGAGGAAAGGCAGCCUGUCCAGCCGAGAGUUACUGCACAUCGAAGCGGUCCUUUUGUGGGCACGAGGAAAGGUCUCACUCGCGGUCAGAUUGUGGGAAGAGAUUCUCUUGGACUUCCCCACUGAUAUUCACGCCUUGAAGUUGGCAAACAUUUCGUACCUGUAUCUCGGCCAGCCCGAUCAACUUCGAGACGCUAAUGCUAGAGUUUUGCCCGCUUGGGAAGCACAGCGCCCUCCACUCACGAGUUUUGUUUACGGUCUUUAUUCCUACGGUCUGGAAGAAACGAACGAGUACCGAAAAGCUGAGUUGUAUGCUAGGAAAGCGCUGGCCGAGCGACCGAGCGACGGCUGGGCCACCCACACCAUAGCCCACGUUUUUGACAUGGAGGGCAGGAUUACGGAAGGUCUCCAGUUCAUGAACUCGACGGUACAGGAAUGGGAGAAGAGCAACCACGUGGCUUGUCACAACCACUGGCAUGUGGCACUCUACCACGUGGAAAAUGAGGACUAUGACAGUGCAGGUCUCGUUUUAGAAGAGAAAGUACUGCCGAUGGCCAAGGCGAAUGGAACCAUGUUGGACAUUUUGGACACGACCUCGCUCAUUUAUCGACUGAACAUUCUUAAUCCAUCCAGCGUCAAGUCGUUCCAUUGGGAAGAGGCAUUUGGGCUGAGCAAAUCGCACUCUAAGAGCCACGUUUCCACCUUCAACGAUGUCCACUUCAUGAUGGCAUUCGCCGGAAGUAAGAGUUCAUCUGGCGUGGUGGAGGAAAUGCUGGAAUCAGUGCCCAUAUCGGGCGGAGAGUUGGUGGACCACGCCACGCUUACCAAACCCCUUCUUCAAGCUAUCGUAGAUUUCAGGGAUGAAAAAUACGCGGAUGUUGUGGGAGUUUUGGAACCUCUGAGAUAUCGACUGAUCCAAAUUGGUGGGAGUCAUGCUCAAAGGGAUGUGUUUAACCUUAUGCUCAUUGUGGCAGCUUUAAAGUCCAAUUCCUCAAAACACAAAGGUUUAGCCAGAGCGUUGAUUCAUGAGAGAGAAGCUACAAAGGCAACUCCAUUGACUCGUAAAUUUAAGAACAUGGUAAUAUGACCCACACCAAUCUUAGCUUUUUAUACUUUUGACUAUGUACAUAGACUUAACUUCCAGAUUUAUUGUUCUUUUCUGUGCCCUUUACUUCUAUUUACUUAUUUAUUGCUCAUUUUGACAGCUUUGACGAAUUAGCUCAAGCACUCCCCACUAUGUAUUAUCUAUCCAUGAAGUAUUACUUUUUAAAGCCUCGUAUGUUUAACUCGAUUUACCAGAAGUACAAGGAGCAAUUUCAAGCGGAAAGCAUGUUCAAUUUGAAUUAUUGUAUUAUGUGCAAUUUGUAACGAGACUAUGUAAUGCCUUUAUUUUGUGAAAAAGUGCAGAACGACACGUACAAUAUUCAAUGACAAAUGUGGCCAAAUUGAAGUACUCCAAAAGUUAAAAUAACAAGGAAUUUCGUCUUUUAUUUAUGUAGCACAGUACAUACAGCGGUAACUGUGAUAGAAUUAUGCUACGUAAUGUAUCUAAAUAAAUUACUCAAUUGCACCAAGUACUAAACCAAAACACUGUAAAAUGUACUUAAUUAUCAUUACUUUUUAUAGGGUUGAUGUUUUAACAAAUUCGAACUAAACUACAGGAAGUCUUUGCAAAAACAUUUAAGCCAUG